CAGAAUGCUUCCGAUUAGUUUUGCAACGAUAACCGGUCGAUAAGUAGAAUACAAUAAGUUUCAAUCGAUUUUCCCAUUUCGUAUAUAUCUUCAACAAAACGUUUUCAUUUUCGGUUUGCUUUUUGAUUUAAUUUUCUAAAUAAAAAUGGUUUACGACAGAAGUGAUCGUUGGUUGUACAAGCCACUCGUUAGUUACGAAACUGAUCGAUUGUGUAGGCGAUUAGCUUCAACUAAAGCGGAAGUUAAAUUUGCUCCCGAUACAAAGGAAUCCGGAAGUCGAUCAGUGUCGAUAUCUCAUCGAUCCGACGGUAAAAAUUCGUGUGACUACUACUAUUCACGUGCCAACAAUAGUGGACCACAAAAGAAUAAAACCGUCAUCGAAAAGCAUUGCAGCAUUGUCGACGAUGGAACAAUGCCAUAUGGGUGGAAGAGUUCAUUUUACGACGAUGAAAUUUGGAAACUACGCAGCCCCUUCUUGCGGGCUCAUCAACUGUCAAUCAAGCCAUGGUGAAAGCGAAGCGAGUUGUAAUCGUUUUCUUCUUUUUUU